AUGCACUGGUUUCCUAGAAGGUCGUUCUCAGGAAGGUUCGGUGAGAGGUGGUUCGAGGUGGUUGAGUGCGUUGCUGUGGCAGUGCGAUGGAAUGCGAGCACGCAACAGCAGCAGUCUGCGCUCGUGGUUGAGGAGAAUGCCACAAACACACGCACGCACACACAACAACAGACAGCCCGUCGUCGAGAGAUGGGCUCUCUCAGUGUCGAGAUGGCGGUAGUAUGGGUGACGGGCAAAGGGGGUGAUGGAGGGAGCGGGGGGAAAGGGAAGGACGAAGGACGGGUGACAGGCGACAGGCGGGCGGGCUGGGGGUUUGUUAUUGGGGGGAAGGAGAAGAAGAGGGCGGUGAAGUGUAGAAGGAAGGGACGGCGGGCGGAGAAGUGGUAUGGGCUGCAGCUUCCAAACGGGGGAGCGACGGGGGGUGGUGGUCAAGGGCAGUCAGUCGAGGGUGCGGGAGGGGGCGCAGAACAGGGCCCUCUUGCUGGACUUCGCUCAUGCUCGAGAGCGGCGGCGGCUGUUCGAUGGGCGUGCUUGGGGCCCCCGGCAUGGAAGGCGCUGAUUGGCGGCGGGGUGCGUCUCAGCAUGCGGAGGGUGGCAGGGAUGUCCGCGGCUAGUGCGGGACCCCUGCGAUCGACCACGCGGCUCUUUUCCCCAGAUUCCAGCAGCCGCGUGCCUGGAGAACGUGCCUUUUUUAUCAGAUUGGGACCCGCAUCUGGCCUCAAAUUCGACUGUCGACGGUGGUGGAGGGGGAGGAACGGUCUUGGCUGCCCAGGGUGGCACGGUCGAGCACGGAUGACUAGCGCCUUGGCGGGAUCCCGGCUGGGCGGCGACGCGAGGGCCACCAAGGGCAGCCAUGAACAGAGCGGUAAGCUCCAGAAGGGCACCUGGGGGCUGCAGAUGGCCCUUCCCGGUGGGCCAAUGGGGAGCGCGGGACUUUCCUCAGCAUCCUCACCGUCUGUCCCCUGCAGUGGGUGCGCCCCCAUCCCCAUCUCCCCCAGCCCUCGCAAGCCGCUGAGAGUUCAACGGAAGAGCGCGCGCACCGGCACGACGACGGUCGGACCACAAGACAAGGAGUUGCCAGCAGCAGGCAGCAUCAGCAAUCAGCGCCAGCGCCAACCAGACUCCACAGAGAGAGGAGAGAGAGCGCCAGACUGGGCGCUAGAGCCCCAACCAGCGAGCCCUAUUUUUGCCCCAACCGCGGCCCGCGCGUGUGCGUGUGCCUCGCCGCCUCUCCGCGUGUCGGCGGCAGCCAGCAGACUGCCAAAGGGAAGAGAGAGAGAGACUCCGCACUGGCGGCACUGCCUCCCUCCUCUAGCCGCCCGGAAGGAUCAAGCCCACUCAUGUUUCACGCCCCUCGUCCAAUCAGCACCCUGCCACGCCCACGCCCACCCGUUUCAUUUGCCAGGUCCGUGUCGCCGCACCAUCAAUCGCAAGCCCUUCUGA